GAACUUGAGCAAAACCUGCGGACUUCGGCGGGUUCUGCCCUGCUCGUGGAUAUCCUGCACAAGACCCUUCUCCACCCUCUGUGUGUGAAAUAUCCCCCUGCCACCAAGUACAGGAGGUGUUUUCUAACCGAACUCAUCAAAAAGCAUGAAUCCACAGCAGCUGAACCCCUGGAUGAGCUGUACGAUACCCUGGCAGAUCUUUUAAAUGAAGAAGAAUCUACUCGCUGUUACAAAAACUACUUGCUGCCCACGGGAGAAGCCGUCACCCUUUCCGAGAGCGUGGCGAUUAUCUCCGGAGGAACCACGGGGCUCGUCACCUGGGACGCUGCUCUUCAUCUCGCUGAAUGGGCAGUAGGGAACGCCGCCAUUUUCAGUAACAGGACAGUCUUGGAACUGGGAAGUGGGAUCGGCUUCACUGGAAUCGCAGUCUGUAAAACCUGCAAUCCCAAGACGUACGUAUUUAGUGACUGCCACCCCUGCGUUCUCAAGCAGCUGGCAGAAAACAUCCGUUUGAACGGCUUCACCUUGGAGCCCAAAACCACUCGUCAUAUCCAAGCAGAGUCCCGAGGCCAGGAGGCAGAAGCAACGAAUUCCCCAAAACCCAAAAUAAUUGUUGCAGAACUUGACUGGGGCUCCGUUACAGAAAAACAACUGUUGGAUCUUCAGCCCGACGUCAUCGUUGCAGCAGAUGUGGUCUAUGAUCCAGAGAUCACUUCUGCCCUUAUUGGUAUGCUACAAAAACUCUCCGCUUUCAGAGCGGCUAGAAAACCUCCUGAGGUCUACGUCGCCUUCACCAUUCGUAACCCAGACACCUAUCGCCUGUUCCAGGCUGGACUCGAUAAAGUUGGGAUCGGAUGGCAGAUUAUUCCAGCCCACAGCAACAGUUUCUUUCUCUAUGACGUGCAACCCAACGUAACUAUUCUACAGCUAUUUAUAUAG